AUGGGUGUGUUGUUCCAGGCCGGGCCGCUGCUAGAUCGCGUGUAUAACACCUACCUGCUGAUGCACACGCACCAGACCGUGGACUUUGUCCGGAAGAAGGGCGCAGAGUACGGGGCCUGUGCCCAGCACCGAAUGAGCAUCAUGGAGGCCUUGGAUUUACUGGACAACGUGGUGGAUGAAUCGGACCCGGACGUGGACUUUCCCAACUCCUACCACGCGUACCAGACCGCCGAGGGCAUCCGCCGGGCCCACCCGGACAAAGACUGGUUCCAGCUGGUCGGGCUGCUGCAUGACAUGGGCAAAGUCCUGGCCCUGGCCGGGGAGCCUCAGUGGGCCGUGGUGGGCGACACAUUCCCCGUGGGCUGCAGGGUCCAGGAGUCUGUCGUCUUCAGCGACUCCACCUUCCACGACAACCCCGACACAAAAACCCCCCUGUACAACACGCAGUAUGGGAUCUACCAGCCUCACUGCGGCCUGGCCAACGUGCUUAUGUCCUGGGGCCAUGACGAGUACAUGUACCAAGUCAUGAAAUUCAACAAUUUUGCUCUCCCCGAGGAGGCUUUCUACAUGAUCCGCUUCCACUCGUUCUACCCCUGGCACACGGGCGGGGAUUACAUGCACCUGUGCAGCAACGAGGACCUGCGCAUGCUGGCCUGGGUCAAGGAGUUCAACAAGUUUGAUCUCUACACCAAGUGCGAGGAUCUGCCUGACGUGACGCAGCUGAAGCCGUAUUACCAGUCCCUGAUUGACAAGUACUGCCCAGGCCAGCUGUGCUGGUGACCAGCCGAGCAAGUACCUGCCUGCCCCUGAGGCAGCAUCCCCACCAGUCCCCUACCCUCACCCGGCUGGAUGAGCUCAAUCCCCAAGCACAACAGGAGCCAGCCUCCAGGCCCCGGGGAACAGCCACCCUCAGUCCUGGCUCUGCAUUCCCCCACCAAUCAGCGUGCAAGGAGGUCCCCUAGAGCCAUUGCAGCUGGGCUGGGCUGCUAGAGGAGCCAGGAUCCCCAGGCCGGGGAAGGCACAUGCAGGUGGAAGCGGCGAGAUGAGACGGUUCUGCUCCUUGCCACAUUUCUCAUUCUAUUCCCCACUCCCACUCGCUGAGGUCCGGGUACUGCAGAAUGCCACAUAGGCAAAGACCAAGCUGCAGCCACCACCUCCCGUCUUGGGGCCAGCCAAGCUGUCCCACCCCUCGCGAAGAGAGACUGCUCCCUCCCCAAAGCACCUUUCUGGUUUGCUCCUUACUCUGCCCCUGCACAAGCCCACGCUGGCACCAGCAAGCAGCUGAAAGCGCCCGGCUCAGCUCAGAGCUUCUAGCACUCUGCAGCCAGGGCUGGGUACGGAAGACCGUGUGUAAUCUCCUAUUCAACAGGAGCGCCGCUGUGCUGGGGGUCGUUCUCAGAACUCAAUAAAUGGGUUGUUAGUGUACACGGUGCUGGAUCUGUUACAUGCAUGCUGCAGAGCCCCGCAGAACUAGCCUCACAGCAAGGGGGAUGGGGGUACUGAGCUGAUGCUGGGCCUCAGCCUCUCCCCACACACCAUGUUGGGGCCACCUCUAACUCAUCUCCCCUGGCCUAGCUCUCCUGCUCCUCCUAGGGGGGCUGCCACCACCACCUCAGCAUCUCUGCAACCAACCGCCUGCCCCUGCCCUUCCUCCUUCGCUACCAACACGCACCCUGCCCUGGCCCCCAAGGCUCCAGCGCAAACUCAGAGCACCAGGCUGACCUGCUCCGAGCUGGAUAACAGACUGCAGCAGACCCCAGCCUCCUUAUGCCAGCUUUCUGCUGCCCCAGUAAUGAGUGGCACCUCUUCCUGCUGAGCCUUUGCCUGCACUUGACUCCUCUCCCCCCACGCCCCUGCUUCUGACUCUGGGGAGCAGCGCCCUCUUGCCUUUACCAUCUACUCCAGCCCCAGCCCACCCCAGACUCUCUGGGCUCAGCCCAAGGCCCUCCUGCAGCUCACCUCAGUGCCUGCUCUCUGGGCCUGCACACGCAGCAUCUCCUCCUGCCCCAAGGCUCCUUUGUUCUCCCCCAGGGCUGUGCACGUGGCUUUCUAAGCAGGCAGUGAAGGGUCCAUGGCCCCACGGCACAAGCUGGGCCACUUGAAGCCAUGCAAGAGGCUAGAGCUGCAGCGAAAGACAGCUGGCACUGCCCCGGCACGCUCAGCAGCCUGCAGGAGGUAGUACAGUAGGACGGAGGCCUGACAGAACAAUAGAAACAGGUCCCAAGGCCAAAGAACAUGGAGGCUCUGCGCUGAGACCAUGGGCUAGAAGAGCAGGGUGGUUUUUAUAGCACAGCUGCUGUAGCAGCUGCCCCCCAGAGGGGGUAAAACAGGAGCUGGCUCCAGCACCUCACAUGGUUACACUAGGGCUGAGGCAGCUCUCUGGCUAGGAUGGGGACACUGGUGUCAUGGAGACAGCUAGGGCAGAAAUCCUGGUCCCAUGGCUGUGCGGCCAGCACAGCUACAGGGGGCAGUGCACACAGCGGCUAGUCCAGAUCCACCUGAGCCAGGCAGCCCCCUCUGCAGUUUCCGCAGCUACAUUUCCAGGGCCCCGCUGCCCAAGGAUCCUGGCCUCAGCAUUCAGAGGGGGAGGGAAUGUACGCACCUCCCCCCACCCCGGGGAUUAGUAUUACAACCUGGGGCAGC